CGUCAGUGCUCCGUUUGAGGCACAGAGAGAGUGCACUUGCCUGUGUUGACACAGGACGGAUACGCGGCGAUGCCCUUGCGUGUGAAAGCCUUUGAAGCUCCACGGAAGCAGCAUAAUAGAGGUUUUGUGUCCAAAGAGAGGCUCGGCGGGGGAGGAUCGACGAGCAUCUGCAAAAAAUCUGCCUCUGGGCGAUUUUUGCGUGGUGCUCGGCAGCAGCGGCCCGUCCUUUCACCGAGGAAGCCGGGAGCUGGAUUUGACAUGUCGCAGGGAUGUGCUGAAAGCCUGGUGAUGAAAGGAGGAAGUGAUGGAGACGAGCAGAAAGCUUUUCUUCUGAGCAAGGAGAGAUUUUAAUCUGAUCCAGUCAAAACAAGUGUCUGAUGGCGAUGGCAGAGCUGAUGGAGCAUCCCUGCGACUGCUCUUCAAACCUUGACACGGAUGUUCGCCUCCUGCGCGUCUGAACCUGCGCUCUGGGCUGCCUCCGGCCCCUCCUCUCCUUUUGCCUCUCCCUGCCUGUUUGACUCCUCUCCCUGCACCUCCCUCUGUCAGCUGAUCCUCUUCUUCAGCCUCCGUCCAGUUUCCCCGCCAGACGUUCUGCUGAACCUCUCCAGUCUUCCUAGCAUGGCUUGCUGUGGGCGUUCCCUGGACUCCCCGUGCACACUCGCCCUGCUCAUCGGCUUCCAGUUUGCGUUUGUGCUGUAUUUCUCCCUCGGGGGCUUUAAAGGUUUAGUGUCUGUUCUGGUGCACAGCACAGAGCCUGAGUUUGAUUAUUCCCGACCUCAUGACGUCUACACCAACCUCAGCCAGCUAGGGGUUCCUCCUCCCCCGCCUCGCAAUUCCGGCAUCGGAAUUUCCGCAACGGGGCAACCACUGAGAGACUGCCCCAUGCCUUCGCCCCUCCUAGUUGGACCUGUUGCGGUCCAUCUUUCCUCGCCUCUAUCCAUGGAGGAAAUCCGGCUUAGGAACCCGCUGGUGCUACCAGGUGGGCGCUAUCGGCCUCCAGAUUGUGAACCCCGACACCACACAGCAAUAGUGGUACCCUACCGUAACCGGCAGACCCACCUCCGCGCCCUGCUCUACCACCUCCACCCCUUCCUGCAGAGACAGCAGAUCCACUACAGCAUUUACAUCGUCCAGCAGUGGGGGAACAGUACUUUCAACCGGGCCAAACUGUUGAACGUAGGGGUUCGGGAGGCUCUCAGAGAUGAAGACUGGAGCUGCAUUUUCCUCCACGAUGUCGACCUGCUGCCGGAGAACGACCACAACACCUACACCUGUCACAAGCAGUUCCCCAUGCACCUGUCUGUGGCCAUGGAUAAGUUCAGAUACAGGCUGCCGUACCCACAGUAUUUUGGUGGGGUGUCUGCAGUGACCCCAGACCAGUACAUGAAGAUGAACGGCUUUCCUAACCAGUACUGGGGCUGGGGCGGAGAAGACGACGACAUCGCCGCCAGAGUGCGACUGUCCGGCAUGAAGAUUGUGCGCCCCCCAGUGGCCAUUGGUCAUUACAAGAUGAUAAAGCAUAAAGGAGACAGAGGCAACGAGCAGAAUCCACGCAGAUUUGACCUUCUGAAAAGGACCAGGCUGAGCUGGCGCUCUGAUGGCCUCAACUCCCUGACCUACGAGCUGCUCUCCAAAGAGCUGGAACCUCUCUACACCAACUUGACUGUUAACAUCGGGGAGGACCUCCGCACGUCGCAGGGCAAAUCCUUCCUCCCCGUUAAAGCGACUUUCCCUCUCCAGCGCGGCACCAGCAGGAUCAGCGACGCGGGCGAACAGGAGAAGAGGCCUGCGAUGACGAAUAACACUGUGGCCAAGCAGAUCAGUCAAAAGACGGAAGCUGCUGCGUCAAAGCUGACAAACCAGACCUCACAGGGAAAGGUGGGAGUGCUGAAAUAAGAAGAGGCAUUUGGGAAAGAAAGAAGAAGACAUCAAGUGGCUUAACCCUUUCGUCGUGGCAUGAAGAGCUGCUUAGAUCAGUUGUGUUGAAGGUAGUUAGGCCGGAGAUCAAAUAGACGGGUGCACUCAGGAACUUAACUGAGCCCCCUCUCCUCAGUUUAUCAUGAAUGUGACUGAACCGGUCUGCGGUUACGUCUGUAACUGUGACCACUAGGGGAGUGAAGGACGACCCAGCCAUACGUUUGCAGAUACGCUCAAUGACAAUACAGAGAAUAAAUAAACUCUGCAUUGCAAGUUUGCAGCAGCUCCCCUGCAGACGCGCAGCUUGGUCCGUCUGCGCUGCAGCGGUCAGUCCACCUGGGUCUAGAACGGGCUUGCGUUUCUGUGCCUUCUGUCUUUUAUGCGCAUUUUCUAGACCUGCAUAGUUGCUUUUAGAUCUGCAUUGAGGAUGAAUUCUCCUGCCACAUACAGGGAUGGUGGUAGUGGGGUAUUGAUGAUGAUUCUAGACCUGAAGGAACUGUUCCAGAACUGCCGUUUUUCUAAUGUAUGCACAGAUCAAUCACUGACCAACUCCAUAGUUAUUGGACUAUUUUAGAGUUUAUAUUUCUAUAGAGAGACUUCUUUAUUUGUGUACUGCUUUGUUUUACUGUUCUUCAUUUCAGUAUGGUGCCUCUCUCUGACAUUUAGUUCAUAGACAAUCAAACUAUAUGGGAGCUAACUCAAUAUCCAACCACAUAGGACAAAUACUAAUGCCUGGCAGAUAUAAACUCGGAAUGAUAUUUGUUGUCUAGUUUGACUAUACUCUUCUUGACACAUGGAUAUACCUGUGACCCUGUUCUAAUCUGUGGUUUGAUUUUGAUUUUUAUUAUUUUUUUAUUUUAGAUAUAUCAGGUACAGAAAAAAAGCUAUGGGGCAGAUAAUAUUUAGGCAUGCAAAUACACAUUAACCAGUUUGAAGUUGUGUUUUUAAUAUCUAAGGUGUUCAUGGUUGCAGAAUUAUCACUGUGUUAGGUUCUUGGUGGCUUCGAAUUAGACGGACGACGUGCAAUGUAGAGCUGUGGAUGAUUGUUUGCCUUCGUGUCCCUCCUCGGUCUUUAUGAUUAAUUAAAGACCCACUCCAAUUUAGAUUUUAAGCCAAAAUCUAAAACUUGUCCUUUUCUUGGACAUAGUGUUUUGCAAGAGUUGUGAGCGAAGGGUAAGCCUGCACUCAUUUCCCGUCAUCCCAUUAAUUAAACUCCUUCCCGUUAGCUUACAGCCUCUCACAACCCCAACCUAACAUUACCGCUGCAACAAAAAUGGUUAACAAUAUUAGGGCUAUCCAGCUUUGAGGCAGCUUGAGGAAAACAAGUGGAGGAAUUGGAUUUGAGCGAAGCUACAAGCUUUUUUAAACUGCAUUUUUCCAUCUCCUCCUGAUUCAUCACAAUUUGAACAAAGAAAUACUCAGAAAUGCAAUUUUAAUCUUAAAUUUCUUCAUAUGAGGUAAAAUUCAAGAAUAUAGAUUUUUGUUGGAGUGGGUCUUUAAAAAAAAUAGCUUUUAGCUUAAACUGCCUAAUUAGACGCUAAGUUGGUUAACCUUUUUUCUAGAUAAGCUUUCUGAUUUAGCUUUUAAGGCUCAGCCGUUUGGAUUGUAUUAUGUUAAGUGUAGUUUCUGCACAUAGACAUUGGCUGAUCAGUGCUGAGGACUUGAAUUUGAUAACUUGUAGGCAAUAGGACUCCUUUGCUGCUGCCUGAAACUGCACAACAACGUAGCUUCGAAUGAAGUGCUGUAACACUGAUAGGUAAUGUAUAAAUGAGCCUCAUUUGAAUGUACUUGAAUUUUUUUGUUUUUGUGUCACCGAUGCAGUUGACUAGGCAGACUUUGAAAGAGGGGGAGGUCUUGCGGUGCGGUUGCACUGCAGAACAGAUUCCCUUUAGACUUUAAUCUCUCCAUUUACUCAUGUACAGCAUUGUGCCUCGUGAACACAGGUCCACAUCAGUGUAGGAGUCAAAGAUGUUCUGCAGAUGCCUCAGGUGACACAGUCUGGCAGAGCUGAGAGGAGCCAAGGACUGAAUGAAGCUGCAGCGCCGUGACAUGAAUGCUAAUCAGAAAGAUUCCCCAUUCACAGGCUUCAGCCACUCACUUUUUUGCAGCACUGCGUUGAAGGAGAGAGGGGGGGGGCUUCUCAGUUACGCAGUAUCACAUGACUUGAGUCUGACGGCUUAAAGGAAUAGGACAUCUCGGUAUUGCAUCCCCUGAUGGGAACGUUAGCCAAUCGCCGUGGAGUUCAGAAAUUCUAUGAAUCCUCAGAAAUGUCGAUUUGCGACUCUCAGAGAGACAAUAGAGCCUAAUAUUUAAGCUUUAUGCAACAUGAUUAUUUAAUUGCUUACAGAUUUUCUCCAUUUAUGAUAUUGCCUGAGACAAAUCCUAUAUGACGUGACACUGAAAGCUUUUAAGGACUUUAUAUAAUCUGAGCAGAUUAUUCAACAAACCCUCUGCUUACCUGGAAAUUGUUCCAUAUUUAAUAAUUAGGCUCCCCUUUUUUUUCUUUUUUGAAUUUUUGGCAGAUUGUUGGAUGUAAAAUGAAUCCAAAGUGAGUAAGGAGCUUUUAAAGUUGGCUGUUAAAAAUCCUUUUUGCAUUUGACAGGAAACAUCCAGGAAGAGAAAUAUAUCAAUUGUAAUAAUAGACCACAUUGCUUAUAAAAUUUUACAUUUCUUUCAUUUAUAAAAACAUUUUUUUAGGUCGCCUUAUCUCCUGACCAUAUCUUGAAAAGUAAGGAAGAUGUUUGCGUGUGUGUAUGUCCAGAACCGAGUCAGCAAAAAAAGCAGCUAUGGGUUAUGAUGCACUUUGGGACAAAGUUGUGACAGAAAGCAUAACUGUAUAUCAAUAAAACACAUACUAAAAAAA